ACACGGGGCUGAGUUUUCCAGCUGCACGAUCGAUCUUACUUUACCGCCAUCCCUCGGAACCCGCCGCGUCGCCGUCUCGACGUCGACGUCGGCGUCGAUAAAGAGCGUUUCUCCUAGGAUAACCUAUUCGCCGCAGCUUUUCCGCGUCUUCUUCGGUUUUCCAUCGAGCGAAACCCCUUCGUCACCUCCUAUCGCGCCUCCACUAGAUGGGACGACCCGUUCGCAUCCCCGCAUUUUCCCACGCGGGGGUGGAUCUCCUUUCCAUUCCCGAUACCGAUACGCUUCGGUCUCGCGCGAUGCUAAAAAAAAGCUCGCGUGUUUGCAACGCGAUCGAGUAUUCUUCGUCGGGAAAGUUUUCUUUCGUAUUCUCUACCGAAACCGAUAAUGAUAGGUGUUUCAGGCCCACCUGUCGGGUUCCUGCAUAUUUCCAAUCACCGUUCGUAUUCCCACGCCUCCCCUAUUCCCUACCGUCUUGCAGAGACCGAAAAGACCGAAAAACUAGUCGAUCCGGGAGUAACGGAGCAAAGAUGAGACGCGAAGUGGCGACCAAGUUCGAUCGGUUGAUCGGUUUGAACUUGUCUCUGCUGAAAUUUAUCGGAGUGAUUUCGCGUGAGCAACGCUCGCUGGAAAGAAAGGCGUUGGCGUGCCUAGCGUUUCUCUGCAUGACCGUUUACACCUUUUCUUAUUUGUACGUGUUCUGGACAAUCAGCAUCGUGCAAUCUUUCUCGCUGGUCUUGUCGUUCGUAGGGGGUCAAGCAAGGUUCACGAUCUUGUUGCUGUUUCGCGACAGCUGUCAGCAAAUGUUGAACGAGUGCGAGCUGCUCUGGUCGGGGUUGAAUUCAAAGGAGAAGCGAAUCGUCGAAGAAUACGUGAAGAAAUCGAAUCGAUUGACCAGCUAUUUCUUGCUCACUUGCCUAUUUACCAUUUUCCUUUUCGUGUUGGUCUCUUUGUUCGCGUCCAUGCCGUCGGACGGCGCGAAAGGGAUGGAUCGCGACGGGGUAAACGUCAGCGACGUUACUCUCGACGUUGACGGUGAAAUCGGGCGACGUUUGCCGUACGAAUUUUUCCUAGAGAUUCGUGAAACGCCGUGGUUCGAGAUAGCGUACGUUUUCCAGGUUCUCUCGAUUAUCAGUGUCGGCGUGACGUCCGUCGGAGUAGACACGACCGCUCCCUUAUUCGCGUUGAUCGCUUGCGGACACUUUGAAGUGAUCCGAUCGAGGAUCGAAAACUUGUUCCCUACUCGUCGAUCGUGCUCCUCCUCGUCCUCCCCUUCGGGGAUGGACAAUCUUCGGAUUUGUUUGAUUUAUCAUCGAACUUUGCUCGAAUUUUGCGAGGAAAUCGAACGUCGCGCGCACAUAAUAUUUUUGAUUCAACUGGUCCUCAGCACCUAUAACAUUUCUCUGGUGGGCUUCAAGUUGGUCGGGGACGAUCCCGACAAGUUCAAGUACUUUAUGCCGCUGUUGAUCUCUUUGAUGCAGUUGUUCCUGUGUAGCUGGCCCGCGGAUCUUCUUCUUGCGAAGAGCGAAGCGAUCGGUGGUGUUGCCUUCGCCUCGCCUUGGUAUCGACAUCCCGUUCCCUUACAGAUGCCGAUUUCCAUGCUGUUGAUCAGAGCUCGGAAACCCGCUCGUCUGACCGCUGGAAAAUUCGUGGUGCUUUCGUUGGAAACGUUUGGCUCGAUGAUAUCAACCUCGAUUUCGUUCUUCACCGUUGUAAAGUGUAUGAAUUAGCAUCUGGUCAUUCACCAGAUUGUAACGCACCUUCCUUAACGUUUGUUUUAACAAAGAGUAACGUACGAU